UAGACAACAGAGGAUGCACGAGCGCACGACGUUGCCGGGCCUUGGACACGCCCAGUCGCUGCCGCACCUGGCAGACGCCCCGAAGGAGCUGCCUCAUUCGCAGAGCGCGCUGGGCCUCGUGUCGCCACCGAAGAAGCUCAAGAAGAAGCGAACACUGGCGCCGCUGCCACCGCCACUGAGUCGUCCAUCGUCGCCCGCCAAGCUUCUCUCGCUGCGCCUCGACGCGAGUCAGGACAGUGCGUUCCAAGCCCUCCUUUCGGCGACGCACGAGCACUUGGCGGCGGGCGACGUCGACGAAGCGACCAAGCGGACGCUGGACCUCCUCCAGCACGUCGAGAACAAGCACUAUGCGAGUUUGCACUUGCGGCAGGCGCACGUGACCGCGCUCCAAGAGGUCGAGCGCGCGCUCGAGCAGCUCGAGCACGAUGCGGGCACGCGGCGCCAGGCGCAGCGCCACGCCGCCAACGAGAGCAUGCACGCGCUCUCGGCCUUGCUGCUCGCGCCAUCGACCGCGGACCUUUCGCCGGCGCGCGCGCUCAUGGCGUCGGUCGCCAGCGCCUACAAGCACGCCGGCGACACCCGCGCCGAGUGCAUCGGCGCGUUUGAGCAUCUCGUCUUGGGCAAUCACUGUCUCUCAGCGGCGCAAAACGCGUUCGAAGCCGGCGACAUUGACAUCGCCCUCGCCCUCGCAAGUGACGCGACGGCGUCCUAUGCGCGCUACCAAGCCUCCUCCCACUUUGCGCCGUGCCAGCUUCUCCUGUCGCUCGGGUCGCGUGAGGUCGCCUGGUCCCACGAAGCUCACGAAGAGGUCUACCGGCUUUUAGACGAGCGGCUUGGGUCGGCGGCCGAAGCGGCUUUUGUGCAGCGCGGGCUCGUCAUUAUGAGCGCGUCCUUGGAAGCGUCGAAAUCGAGCUUGGUGGCCAACGACCCGGACCGCGCUCUCGAAUACUUGCAGCACUGCGAGCGCUAUCGGUGCUGGCUCGGUGACCGAGCGAGCCUCUCGGCGUCGAUAGUCGCUAGCUUGGAAAAAAAGUACACAAAAGCCAAGCUGCUACUGCCAGUACAACGUCUCGAGACGCUCAACGACUUUGAGCUCAGCCGCGUGAUUGCGCUCUGGUCGAGCGUCGCCGAGGACGCUGAGACCGCGACGAUGCUUGUCGCUGAGGGCGCCAUCACCAAGCUGACAACGACAACGGUCCUUACUGCGCCAAAACCCACUCUCUUUGCGUCACUGAUGCAGCUAUGGGCCGCCAUUCUCACCGCAAGUGCUGCCAACGACCAGGCGUUCGUCGCCGAGGCCCUGCGCUGGCUGCUCGAAGUCCUUACGCACGCGGCGUCAUCACAAGACAAGCGGCAGAGUUUGCGAUUCCUCGUACAAUGGAUGACGGCGCGGCCGCUGCUGCACCACAUCGUGGGCAAAGGUCGGUUUCUGACGGUAUGGGUGCGCGACCGCGACGCAAACCUCGGCGACGUCGAUCUCAUGGCGGCGUACGUGCGUGUGUGGCAGCAUUUCCUGAGCCUGCACGCCAAGUGCCUGCACGACGACUUGCGCAGUGUGCCCUUGUUGACUGCGAUCUGGACACGGCACGUCGCCAAGCUCGACGUCGCGACGCUUUGCUUGGACGUCGCGACCACGUGCUUUCGCAGUGGCCUCGCACCGAGCCGCGCGAUCGACGCCAACGUUGUCGGCGCCAUCACAACGACGCUUCAAGUGCAUAGCAAGCUACAAACCAGCGUGCUCCAGCAAGUUGUCACGCUGCUGCAAGUCAUUCUACCAGCAGAAAAGAAGUGCUUGGCCAAAGCACGGGCUCAGCGAGACGUGCUUCUUCCGCGACUCAUUGGUCUCGACGGUGUCGGGUCGCUCUAUGACCUCAUUGCGGCCUCGGACGCUGCGAGCACGCGCAAUGUUCUCGGCGCAGGCUCUCUCGAAAGCGCCCAACCGUAGCACUAUGCUCACUAGGAGGAAACGUUACUCGACCCGUCGUCGCCAAGUUGGGAAGGAGCUCUAUGUAAAAUACCAAUGUACUUAAACGUGGAAUGAACUAUAUGCAGAAUUCGU